AUGAAACAAACUCAGAUCUUUCAAGAUAUUCUCCGAAGUUCUUACUCAAGAAGAUUACUACUUGAACAGUCACCAAGUCCGGCACCGUCCCCAUAUGCAGAUGAUAACAACUUUGAUGCAAAUAUUGUCAUGGUUCUAUCAGUCCUCUUAUGUGCACUCGUUUGCUCGCUUGGACUCAAUUCUGUAAUAAGAUGUGCCUUGAGGUGCUCCAGUUUAGCACCAUCUGAAGCUGGUGACAACCAAGCAGCAGCUCGCUUGAGCAACACAGGAGUCAAACGAAAAGCCUUGAAGAGUUUCCAGACAGUAAGUUACUCUGCUGAUUUGAAUCUGCCUGGCCUAGAUACAGAGUGUGCCAUAUGUCUCUCAGAGUUUGUAUCCGAAGAGCGUGUGAAGCUGCUUCCGACAUGCCACCACGGAUUCCAUGUCCGGUGUAUAGACAAAUGGCUUAGUGCACACUCAUCCUGUCCCACCUGCAGGCACUGCCUCAUAGAGACAUGCCAGAAGAUAGCCGACUGCAGCCAAACAAGCUCGUUAAACACUACUCAACCACCGCAAGAUAGCAUCAUCGUGCAAAUAGCACCACUACAACCGGAAAGAUGGAUACGCUGUUUUAGGUGA